GAGUGAAUUUCAAAACGUUAACAUUAGUGAAGUAAAAAUAAAAAAUAAUUAAACAGUGAAGUGAAAAUAAAAAAACAAAAACAGAAUUCCCAACUAAUACCGGGUGUACACCCCCAAAAGGAUUUUGUAUAAAAAAAACUGGGAAUAAAUUCAGUGAAAAAUGUGUGAAAAGCUUCAGUCCUUUUUUGUAUGUUUUGCUGCAAUUAUAUCCUUAUGGCCAACAAAUGUCCUGUGUGAUUAUGAUAACCAACCAAAAAUUAAACUCAAAAAUGGUGAUCUCGUAUUGGAGGCAGCCCACGAUCGCAACAUAACCUUUCGUUUAUCACGCGAUUCUUCGCUGUUCCUUAACAAUGUGAAUUUAAUGGAAAAAAUACGUCAACGUUAUACGCCUGCCAUUGUGGAUAGUGAGACUAAACAAACGGAAAUGUACUCCACAGAUGAAAUUAAAAGUGAAAUUCAUAAGUUACACGAUGAUCUUGAGCGGUUUGCCCACAGACUGAUGACAUCGCAGAAUCGCACAAGGCGUACUCUGCAAUUGGGUGUGAUUCGUAGAAAUUUGGGGCGUAUCAAUAGAUUAAAUGGCAGAUUGUUGGCGUUGGAACGUAAAUUGAAAAAGGAUGAAUGUGCUGAAGCCACAGAACCUUGUAAGAAUGGUGGAACGUGUUAUGAUUCUUACAACGGGUUCCAUUGCGAAUGUACGGAAGGCUAUACGGGAAAAACUUGUGAAGAAGAUGUGGAUGAAUGUUACUUGUUGUCGGGCACUGAUUUAGGUUGUCAAAAUAAUGCUGUUUGCAUUAACACACCGGGUAGUUACAAAUGUAACUGUGCCAAAGGAUUCAGUGGCACCCAUUGUCGUUUACGUAAUGUUGUUUGUCAUCAGGACCAAUCACAGGAACUCUGUGCUCAUGGCACCUGUGUACCGGCCAAUAACCAACAAGGUUAUACUUGUAUUUGUGAACAGGGUUGGACACGAAAUACCACUUCCAUUAACGCCACCAGCCUGGCAUCGCUGGCUUGUGAUGUUGAUGUAAAUGAAUGUGAAGGGUCGAGCAAUCCCUGCCAUAGUGAAUGUAUUAAUCUACCGGGAAGUUUUAAAUGUGGCCCUUGUCCGGCAGGUUAUACUGGGAAUGGUAUUACCUGUUUGGAUAUUGAUGAAUGCAGCAGUAAUAAUGGUGGCUGCAGUUUGUUGCCAAAAGUUCGUUGCAUAAAUACAGAGGGUUCCUAUCUUUGCGCAAGUUGUCCACCGGGUUGGGUGGGGGAUGGUCAUACAUGCGAAUUAGCUCCUUCCAAUUCCUGCAACGAUGAAAAGAUAUGUCAUCCUCAAGCCAAAUGCGAAUACAUAUCAGAAGUAGCCUCUUGCACUUGUCCGGCAGGCAUGUUCGGUCAUGGUUUCGGACCACGAGGCUGCCAUACCAACCCCUUAACGGAUUCAUGUGAAAGUCAUAUAUGCCAGAACAAUGGCACUUGCUUAUCAUACGGCCGUACCACAUCAUGUCUAUGCCCCAACGGAUACUCUGGAGCUUUGUGCGAAAUAGCCGAUGGCUGUCAUCCAAAUCCUUGUGAAAAUGAUGGUACAUGCAAACCAUUGGCUGUUAAAGGAUUCAAAUGCGUCUGUCUACCCGGUACAACGGGUAAACGUUGUGAAGUUCUGCGCAGUGUUUGUGCAAAGACCAUGCGACUGCCUACGGGUGUACUUAAAUAUCCUACCGAUGAUGUUCCAGAGUAUUCGGUCAACGAGAGAUGUGCCUGGAUUAUUCGCACUACGCCAACACAUAUACUGAAUGUCACAUUUACCAAAUUUGAUGUUGAAGGUAGCGACGAUUGUACCCGCGAUUGGUUGCAAAUACAUGACGGCAAUAGUUUGGCCUCUCAACUAAUAGGAAGAUUUUGUGGCAAUGAAUUACCAUUAGGAGGUAAUAUUGUGUCUUCACAUCAUCUCUUAUUCUUCUGGUUUAGAUCGGACAAUGCCACAAAUAGGCCAGGAUUUGAUAUGUCUUGGGUUUCACAACCUCAUGUGUGUGGAGAGACUCUUGAAUUGUCCAAUAAAGAUGCAGGAGUCAUAAAGUCACCCGGGUAUCCAGGCAAAACACCUAUAAACCGUGAAUGCCAGUGGGAACUUUCGGCUCCUUAUGGUUACCGUUUCGCCAUUCGAGUGUAUGACGUCAAUCUAGGUACCCUGCCCAAUUGCACUGGAGACUCUUUAAAGAUGUUUGAUGCUGAUUUAUUGCUCAAGCAAUAUUGCCAAACCUCUAAGGCUGAAGUUUUGCGUUCAUCCUCCAAUAAAAUCUCCCUGCAUUAUCACACAGAUCGUUUUAGUGCCGACAGUUCUUUUCAAUUGCAUUACGAAGUAGAAUCCGGAAUACCACAUUGUGGUGGUAUAUUUACGGAACCUUCUGGUUACAUAAUUGGUCCAUCCGAACAGGCCACCUGCUUAUAUCUAAUACAACAACCCCAGGGCACACAAGUGAAGUGGGAGUUCUUAGAUUUGAAAUCUUUCGAAGUGACAAAUUGUAAUUUGAAUAGAAUUGAGAUUUUUGAUGGCAAAUCCGAUGAAGAUUCUCAGCUAUUAGUGGCCUGUGGAGGAAAAAUUCCGGAACCGGUAGUAAGCAGCUCUAAUUAUAUGUUGGUAAGAUACAAAAACUCACUAUCCGAUGAGACUAAGAAUAAUAAUCCAAUCAGAGCGAAAUACUCUAGAGUCUGUGAAUUCCGAGUAUUUGGCCCUGACUCGGGUGCAUUAAGCACUCCUAACUAUCCCAAACCUUAUGUAGAGCAUAUAACUUGUACUUUCCAUAUCUACGGUCCCGGUGAUUCUUUGGUUUUAGCCAAUUUCACCGAUUUCUCUCUAGAAGAAACCAUAACCGUAACAACUAAUAUUAACGAUACUGUGGAUAAUGUGGUCGCCAACAAUAGUAUUACCGAGGUUGAUAAACUAAAUGAUGACUCUAUAUCAUAUGUGGAUUCAAUUUGUAUUUGUUCUUAA